ACAGAGACCAUUCCAAGCCAAUGAAAAGAGAGGUAGUAAACGAGCUUCAACUACUAAAGCUGCUGGAGGGCUAUAUACCCUCCAGGGGGUUCUUAUUAUAAAAAAUUGAGUUUCAGUUCCCAAAAUUAGGGCUGAAAUUUUUUUCUGCAAAAGAGGUUGCUGGAAGGAUCCAUGGAGAUCAAAGGCGAGCUCGCUCUGCGGAAAAGGCAAGUCCUGAUUCUCUUUGUUUUGCUGGGAUUAUCUCAGGCAGGUCCUGAAUCUGUGCUAUAUUCUGUGGCAGAGGAAACAGAAGUUGGUUCUUUUGUGGGCAAUCUUGCAAGGGAUCUAGGGCUUGGGGUGGAGGAGCUAUCAUCACGGGAAGCCCGGGUAGUGUCGGAUGAUAAUGAAAAGCACUUACAACUUGAUUUACUGACGGGGGAUUUGCUCCUAAAUGAGAAAUUGGACCGAGAAGAGCUCUGUGGCUCCACCGAGCCCUGUGUGCUGCAUUUUCAGAUGGUAUUAGAAAACCCUUUACAGUUUUUUCGGGCUGAACUGCAUGUCAAAGACAUAAAUGAUCACUCCCCUAUGUUUCUAGACAAGCAAAUACUUAUUAAAAUAUCAGAAAGUACCAGUAUUGGAACCACAUUCCUACUGGAGAGUGCCCAAGAUUUGGAUGUAGGAACCAAUAGUCUCCAAAACUACACAAUUAGCCCCAAUUCUCAUUUCUACAUUAAAAUUCGAGACAGCAGUGAUGGAAAGUUAUACCCAGAACUGGUCCUGGACAGAGCAUUAGAUCAUGAGGAGGAGCCUGAGCUCACAUUAACACUCACAGCACUGGAUGGUGGAUCUCCACCCAGGUCUGGGACAACUUUGGUUCUCAUCAAGGUCUUGGACAUCAAUGACAACGCCCCUCAGUUUGCUCAGAAGCUCUAUGAAGUUCAUGUUCUGGAGGACACACCCAUUGGUUCAUGGAUUAUCACCAUUUUUGCUAACGAUUUGGAUGCAGGAAAUUAUGGGAAAAUAUCAUACACAUUUUUGCACGCAUCAGAAGAUAUUCGUAAAACAUUUGAAAUCAAUCCAAUAUCUGGGGAAGUUCAUUUGAGAUCAUGCCUGGAUUUUGAAGUAAUACAGUUCUACACUAUAAGUAUUCAGGCAACAGAUGGUGGGGGUCUUUCAGAAGAAUGUACUCUUCUGGUUAAAGUAAUAGAUAUAAAUGAUAAUCCACCAGAAGUGACCAUCUCAUCAUUUACAAAGUCAAUUCCAGAGAAUGCCUCAGAGAUUCUGGUUGCUCUUUUUAGUGUCCGAGAUCAAGACGCUGGGGACAAUGGGAGGAUAGUUUGCUCUAUUCAGGAUGAGCUACCCUUUUUUCUGAAGCCAACCUUCAAGAACUUUUUCACUCUAGUUUCGGAAAAAGCACUGGACAGAGAGACAAAAUCCGAGUACAAUAUCACCAUCACCGUCACCGACCUGGGGACCCCCAGGCUGAAAACCCAACUCAACUUAACCGUGACGGUGUCCGACGUCAACGACAACGCCCCCGCCAGCCAAAGCUCCUACACCCUGCGGGUCCGCGAGAACAACAGCCCCGCCCUGCACAUCGGCAGCGUGAGCGCCACCGACAGAGACGCGGGCGCCAACGCCCAGGUCACCUACUCGCUGCUGCUGCCGCCCCACGACCCGCACCUGCCCCUGGCCUCGCUGGUGUCCAUCAACGCGGACAACGGGCAGCUGUUCGCGCUCAGGGCGCUGGAUUACGAGGCGCUGCAGGCGUUCGAGUUCGGCGUGCGCGCGGCCGACCGCGGCUCGCCCGCGCUCAGCAGCCAGGCGCUGGUGCGCGUGCUGGUGGUGGACGACAACGACAACGCGCCCUUCGUGCUGUACCCGCUGCAGAACGGCUCGGCGCCCUGCACCGAGCUGGUGCCCAGGGCGGCCGAGGCGGGCUACCUGGUGACCAAGGUGGUGGCGGUGGACGGCGACUCGGGCCAGAACGCCUGGCUGUCGUACCAGCUGCUCAAGGCCACGGAGCCCGGGCUGUUCGGCGUGUGGGCGCACAACGGCGAGGUGCGCACGGCCCGGCUGCUGAGCGAGCGCGACGCCGUCAAGCACAGGCUGCUGGUGCUGGUCAAGGACAAUGGCGAGCCGCCGCUGUCGGCCAGCGUCACGCUGCACGUGCUGCUGGUGGACGGCUUCUCGCAGCCCUACCUGCCGCUGCCGGACGUGGCGGCGGCCGAGGCCCGGGCCGACCCGCUCACCGUCUACUUGGUCAUCGCCUUGGCGUCGGUGUCGUCGCUCUUCCUGGUGUCGGUGCUGGUGUUCGUGGCGGUGCGGCUGUGCAGGAGGAGCCGGGCGGCGUCGGGGGGCGGCUGCGCGGUGCCCGAGGGCCCGUUUGCGGGCCACCUGGUGGACGUCGCGGGCACGGGGACCCUGUCCCACAGCUACCAGUAUGAGGUGUGUCUGAGGGGAGGCUCAGGGACCGGCGAGUUCAAGUUCCUCAAGCCCAUUAUCCCCAGCCUUCCAGUCCCUGACACUGGUAGAGAUAUAGGGGGAAAUGAGAACUUUAGGAAUAGUUUUGGAUUCAACAUUCAAUAACAUAAUUUAUUUAAACUUUGAAUCUUUUGUUACUCUUGACAACAUGUGGAUCCUUUUUUGCCGAUCUGUAAUGGAUAUUAGGUGUACUACAGCUGCAUGCAUUAUCUUUUCUCCCGCCCUCCUCACAAAUCUUUAUUAGCGGCCAUAGUGAAGUGGAAAUAUAAUCUGUGUGUUGCCUGUUUUUUUUUUUCAAUUGUUUGGUCAAAAAUGUUAUAUUAAUGGAGUUGUUGAUAAUUUUUUGUUGUGAUAAUGGCAUUGUUAUGCAAGACAAUGCUACUAAUUAUUUGGAGGGGCAAACUGAAGUAUUAAGAGUGAAUGCUACAGUAUAUGUAACUUCUGGAUAUUUUAUCAAAGCAGAGAGCAAAAAUAAAAAAUGCUGUUGGAUCUGGGUGGAAGUAUAUUGGAUUUUUUUGCACUUACUUUGCGCGUUUUCAUCAUGAAGUGUUAAAAAAAAAAGAUAUCCCUCCAUAUUUAGUACUAGGAUACUUAUUUGCUUGCUUUUUAUCUUGUAGUGUUUUUCAAAAAUUCACCAAGUGACAAAAUAAAAGUGAUCACAUUGAAAAUUAUUGAUUUCUUAAGUAAUUUUCCUUUGUUGUUGUUGUAUGCUUUGUGGGGAAGGAACUCUAGAUCCUGUGUUUUGUUGAUAUGGCUGUUUUGUUUUCUUCAAUACCAUGUUCGCUAGUUUAAAUUUAUAUUAUUUUACAUUGCUCGUGACUUAACUAGAAUGUAGGUCAAGGUAUCAUUCUGAGCAAAAUAACUCUCCAUCAGAAGAGUCCGCAUAAAAACUUCUUAAAUUGAAAUGAAAAUUCAAAAUGUUAAAGAAAUGAAUUAGGUUCACUUUUCCAUUGAUUUGUAAUCCUUAAUAAUUUGUGGCCUCUCUCUGAUAUCCACAAAGAAGGAAUGGGUCCGUAUUUAUGGUUUAUAGAUAUCUAUGGUGUUACAGGUUAUGUCUCUAAUAUAUACGUAGACAGUUUAAUGGAAGAUUAUAGGUAGAGAUUUUCAUAGCUAUAAUGUAGUGUGGAUAUAGAGCUAGUGUGCCUUGCAUUU